GCGCGGGCCGUGAGCGCCGGGAAGCGGCGCGGGAAGCGCCGGGAAGGGAAGAGCCAGGAAGCGGCGGGCGCUUACCAGAGAAGACCAAGAUGAGUCUCCGGAAGCAAACCCCGAGUGACUUCCUAAAACAAAUCAUCGGAAGGCCAGUUGUUGUAAAAUUAAAUUCUGGUGUUGAUUAUCGAGGUGUCCUGGCUUGCCUGGAUGGGUAUAUGAAUAUAGCUCUGGAACAGACUGAAGAAUAUGUAAAUGGACAAUUAAAAAACAAGUAUGGGGAUGCAUUUAUCCGAGGAAAUAAUGUGUUGUACAUAAGCACUCAGAAGAGGAGGAUGUGAAGAUGCCAGAAGGAGGCUGUUUUGUACUUGUGAACCUCUUUGAAGUGAUGAGCCCUAUUUGAUUUGUAGUUCAUAAUCCACAUGUGAAAUACAGAAGUGUCUAAAUAUUUUUUUUUAAAUAAAUGUAAACCAGUGUAAACUUCCUGGAUGUUUUUUUUCCCCCAAAGCAUUUGUUCCAUUAUACAGAAAACAAAAAUAAAAGAGAAGCAUGCAGUAGUGCCACAAGUCUAA